UCUCCUGGUGUAGGUCGAUGUGCACCAGCAUUGCCAGUUGGCAGCUCCUAUUUAAAAUUUUCUUUCCUAAAAUUUUCUCAAAAAAUUUCCAUUUUUACAUCACAAAAACUUAAAGAAGCAAUUUUUUUCUUAUAAAAGUUUCUCAUUUCCACUUUGGGUUUUUCAAGCUCAUUGAAAAUUUGCUAUUUUUUUUGCUGGAAAAAGAGAUCUGAUAUAAAUAUGAAUGUGGGUUCUUCAAGAUUCUGUUCCUCUGGCUUCUUCAUCCAUUAUUGAUCUUUUUUUUUCUUUCUUUUUUGUUUUUGUUUUAAAAAGUGCAAAAGUUAAACAUUUAUCAGAGACAGAGGGUUCAGACUUAAACAAAAAAAAAAAAAAGCUUUGAAUAUUUGACAGGCAAAAAAGCUGUUGAAAAUAUUAACUCUGUCUUUAAAAUUUUGGUUUUCUUGGCCUAUAAGGGUAGUUUUAAUUCUUCAUCACCAACGCCACCCACCCAAUACCGCGUUUUUGGUGUUUUCUCAGACUCAAAACUCAAAACAAGCUUCUACAUUGAUUUAUGCUAAAACUUGGUUUUUGUCUAAAAAGCUUGAAAAAAGGAAAAUAAAAACUUUUCUUUAGUGUAUUUUUGUUGUUUUAAGUUGAAAUGAGAAGUACCCUUUUUUUUAUCCUUGCUGUAGUUUAAGAGAGUGUUGAAAGUGUUGAAGAUUUGGUGGGAUAGGUUUGAAGACUUGGAAAAUUCUGUCUUGUUCUUGAAGUUGAAGAUCAUAGUUUGUUGGUUUUAGUGUUAAUGUAUGUAAAAUAAGUUAGUCUAAGAUGAGCGUUACAGUUGUUGUUUUUGAGAUUUGGUGAGACAAAUUUCUAAGACAGGAAAACAUUUUUGUGUCUUGUUCUCGAUGUCGGAGAUCACAGAUUGUUGGUUUUCUGUGUUUGCUUUAAUGUGGGAUUAGCGUAAUUUAAGACACAGUUGCAGUACUUGUGUUUGAAAGUUUUUGGUGGGGGGAAUAAGUUUGAAAGAAAGGUUUUAAAGGGUUGUGAAAAGAGUUGUUUAAAAAUGGUGGAAAGUGUGGAGAAUGAUAAAGAAAUGAGAUCACUGGCAUUAACGCCAACAUGGUCUGUUGCUACUGUUUUGACAAUCUUUGUUGCAGUUUCUUUGAUUGUGGAGCGCUCCAUUCAUCGCCUAAGCAACUGGUUAAGGAAAACAAAUAGAAAACCUCUACUUGCGGCUGUUGAGAAGAUGAAAGAAGAGUUAAUGCUACUUGGAUUCAUAUCGCUCCUUCUAACAGCAACCUCAAGCACAAUAGCUAAUAUUUGCAUUGAAUCAAAGUUCUAUGAUAGUACCUUUGCACCAUGCACCAGGUCUGAGAUUGAUGAAGACCUUGAAGAUAAUUCUUCUAAGGAGCGUAAGCUUUUGACGGUUUCCAGUUUUCACUUAUUUAGGAGAAUGUUGAAUGGCGUGAACCGGAAUACCUGCAAAGAGGGUCAUGAGCCAUUUGUUUCAUAUGAAGGUCUUGAGCAGUUGCAUCGUUUUAUCUUUGUCAUGGCAAUCACACAUGUAUCUUACAGUUGCUUAACAAUGUUACUAGCAAUUGUGAAGAUUCAUAGUUGGAGAGCGUGGGAGGAUGAAGCUCAUAAGGACCAAGAUGACUUAUUAAAUGAAAAAGCAAGAGUCUCGAUAAUGCGAAGACAAGCAACUUUUGUCAUAAUGCACACGUCGAACCCCUUGACCAAAAAUAGUCUUCUUAUCUGGGUGCAGAGAUGUUUCUUCCAACAAUUUGUGCGUUCGGUCGAUCGUGCAAACUAUCUGACUCUCCGCAAUGGCUUCAUCAUGAAUCACAACCUGACGUCAAAGUACGAUUUUCACAGCUAUAUGAUUCGUUCUAUGGAGGAAGAAUUUCAAAGGAUAGUUGGUGUUAGUGGUCCACUUUGGGGAUUUGUUGUUGCCUUUAUGCUGUUCAAUGUGAAAGGGUCUAAUCUGUAUUUCUGGAUAGCAAUCAUUCCCAUUACUCUUGUUCUUCUUGUGGGUGCAAAGCUACAGCAUGUCAUUGCAACCUUGGCGCUAGAGAAUGCUGGCAUAACUGGCUAUUUUACUGGAGCAAAGCUGAGGCCUCGAGAUGAACUUUUCUGGUUUAAAAAGCCGGAAUGGUUGUUGUCCCUUAUCCAUUUCAUUCUUUUCCAGAAUGCAUUUGAACUGGCUUCAUUUUUUUGGUUCUGGUGGCAGUUUGGCUAUAAUUCAUGCUUCAUCAGAAACCAUACGCUUGUUUACAUACGACUUAUUUUGGGGUUUGCUGGGCAAUUUAUCUGUAGCUACAUCACUCUGCCACUCUAUGCUUUGGUCACUCAGAUGGGAACAAACUAUAAGGCAGCACUAAUUCCGCAACAGAUAAGGGAGACAAUCCACGGAUGGGGUAAGGCGGCAAGGAGAAAGAGGAGGCAUGGACGUUUCACUGAUGAUUCAACAAUACAUACAGAGACAAGCACAGUAAUGUCACUUGAGGAAGAUGAUCACCAGUUGAUUGAUGUUCAUGAAGAUGGCAAUGGUACAUACACUGAGAUAGAGUUGCAACCGCCACCUAAUGUUACAUCCAGUCCUUCCCCAGUUGCUAAUGAAACUUCGAGCAGGGUUGGUACACCUCUUCUUCGACCAUCUGCUUCUAUUUCUGCAUCAACCAUCUAUAGUUUUGAGAAGGAUGAUCUCCAAAGAUCAUCUUCUAUGCCUGCUAGAAGAGAAAGACACAAAAGUACAGCAGUUGUGUAGUAAUAGUUUUAGGUACAGGAAAAAGAGAAUAACAAAGUGAAUAUUAUUACUGUUUAGGCUUUGGUAUGGUUCUUGAAAAGUAGGAGGAAAUCAUAUGGAAAAGUGCUUGAAUUUCAUUCCCCUGUCCAAGAUUCAUGGGUUCACAGAUUGUAGCAUGUUGUUAAGUUGUAGCACGAAUUUAUAAAACAAAGAAAUCUACACAAGGGCCAGUUACACACCGGCACUCUUUGGAUUGCUGGGAUUUCUGGAACUUGCCUGAGGAAAUACUGUUCUUCAAGAGUUUCCCACAGUUCUACGCAAUACCAAGACAAUUAAUGGCACAACCAUUGAAACUCAACAACAAACAAGUUAUUGCUACAGGGCUGGAGACACAAUUCCUCCAACCCAACAUCACAACUCUUCUACAUUUAAGGGAGGACCCCAUCAAAAAUGUUGGGGAAGCUCUUAAACAAGCUGUUACUGGUAAAUUUAUGAACAUUUAAGCAGGUCAACAUUCAAGCUUGUUCGCCUCUACCUUCUGAUUCCAUGGCCUUUAUACUUUCAGCCAU